GGCCGUCUCUCCCCUAAAAAAUCCCCAAUCCUCUCCGCAAUCCCCAAUUCCCGAUCUCCCAGCCCCGACCCCCACCAGACCUCCGCCGCAAACCGAAUCCCUCGCCCCGCCCCGAAACCCUAGCUAGGCAGCCAUGGGCAACCCGGAGAAGCUGAUGGCGCAGAUCUUCGACCUCAAGUUCACGUCCAAGUCGCUGCAGCGGCAGGCGCGCAAGUGCGAGAAGGAGGAGAAGGAGCAGAAGCUCAAGGUGAAGAAGGCCAUCGAGAAGGGCAACGUGGACGGCGCCCGGAUCUACGCCGAGAACGCCAUCCGCAAGCGCACCGAGCACAUGAACUACCUCCGCCUCGCCUCCCGCCUCGACGCCGUCGUCGCCCGCCUCGACACGCAGGCCAAGAUGCAGGCCAUCGGCAAGUCCAUGGGCAACAUCGUCAAGUCGCUCGACUCCUCCCUCGCCACGGGCAACCUCCAGAAGAUGUCCGAGACCAUGGACAGCUUCGAGCGCCAGUUCGUCAACAUGGAGGUCCAGGCCGAGUUCAUGGAGGGCGCCAUGGCCGGCUCCACCUCCCUCUCCACGCCCGAGACCGAGGUCAACUCCCUCAUGCAGCAGGUCGCCGACGACUACGGCCUCGAGGUCUCCGUCGGCCUCCCCCAGGCCGCCGCCCACGCCAUCCCGGCCGCCAAGGAGAAGGAGAAGGUCGACGAGGACGACCUCACCCGCCGCCUCGCUGAGCUCAAGGCCCGCGGCUGAACGACGGCUUUCACUUCACUUCAGGUACGGCUCAUGCAAUGUUCACUCGCUUCGCCGUCACUUGUCAAGGGCUGCUCAUAUCUGACAGCCCCGUAAAUAUUGUUAACGCCCAAGUGGGCGCUCUCUUUGUCUGGGAUCUCUAUGUGGAACUGAUUUAAACGCUGCUGUGUGAUAUGACGUGUUAUUCCGAAACGGAGUGUGAUAUUGAUAUUAUGAGUCAGUAAUAAUAUAUGAGCUUGAGAACA